AUGACAUGUUAUGUUGAUGUUGGAUAUGUUGAGCUAACUGUUGAUUGGUGUUACAUAGUGGUAUCGGAGCAGGUUGGUUUGUCUGGCCAAGUUGUUGAGCCGAAUCAGCCUAAUGCUGGUGGGAAUGACGAGUUCCGACAUUUGGGGAAGUUCCAGAGGAACAAUCCGCCUACUUUCAAGGGUAGGUACGAUCCUGAUGGAACACAGACUUGGCUCAGGGAGAUUGAGAGGAUUUUCAAAUUGAUAGAUUUCUCUCGAAGCACAGAAGGUGCGGUUCGCGGGGAAUUUCUGAGAAAGUACUUUCCUGAAGAUGUUCAUGGAAAGAAGGAGAUUGAGUUUCUAGAACUGAAGUAUGGUAACUUAUCAGUUACUGAGUAUGUUGCAAGAUUUGUGGAACUUGCUAAGUUCUACCCUCAUUACAAUGAGGUGACUAUUGAGUUCUCGAAAUGUAUCAAAUCUGAGAAUGGUUUGUGUCCUGAGACUAAGCAUGUGAUUAGAUACCAACAGAUCAUGAGGUUUCCAGAGUUGGUGAACAACUUUAGAAUUUAUGAGGAUGAUAGUAAGGCUCAGUCGGCUCAUUACAAUGGGUUGAGCGAGAGAAAAGGAAAGCAGAAUCUGAAUCGUGGGAAGCCAUAUAAUGCUCCAACUGACAAAGGUAAACAAAUAGCUGAUGAUGGUAAGAGGCCAAUUGAGGGAGGUGGUCAUACUCCUCUUAAGUGCUAUAGGUUGAUAAGAGGUGUAUGUUAUAUUAAUAAUAUACCUUUGAUUGCUAUUAUUGAUACUGGUGCUACUCAUUCUUUUAUUGAUGCUAAUUGUGUGAAAAGGUUAGGCCUUGUUGUGUCUUCAAUGAGUGGAGGAAUGGUUAUCAAAACUCCCGCUAAAGGUUCGGUGUUUCCAUAUGACAUUUCAGAUGUAUCGCCAGAGAGAGAGGUGGAGUUUUCUAUUAAUCUUGUCCCUGGUGCCAGACCUAUUUCUAUGACACCAUACAAGAUGUCUGCAUGGGAGUUAGCAGAGUUGAAGAAAUAA